GCAUGACAAACUUUAUGUCCUCCUAACGAGCAUUUAGCAUGAUGCUUGUGUCGACACAUACAACAAAAUCGCCUUCGUGCAAUUAGUCAAUUACCAAUUGAUUAUUCUCUGUUUAGGAGCAACAACGUUCACCGUUGUUUGCCAUCACAAUUACGCGCGAAUCACAAACAGUAGUAAAGCAUUUCACAAUUGCAAAACCAAAUUUUGACGAUGAACCACCUGUCCUUCCAUUUCUCUCGAAUUUUCAAAGAACAUUCUUUCCUUUUCUUUUCUUUUUCUUUUUUCUUUUUAUUCCCUUCUUCUUCCUAAUUAACCCUCUCUUCAUCAUUCUGUAAAUCACCAUAUUAGAAAACCCAAGAUACAGCAAAAUUUAGAAGAGAGAGAAAGCUUAAGAGAGGUGCAACAAUGGCGGACCGUUUCUUCCUCAAUGAAAUGCCCUUGUAUAUCCCAGAAACUUCGGCUAUGGGUUCUUCAAUGUCUGAAACAGGGGAUUCUCUCACUAAGCUUAUUCAUCAUCCCUACAAAUCACUCUGCCAAAUUCUCAACAAAACAGCGCUUGAUCUUACAAACACUGUUGUGAGAGAAACAUGGGUGAAGUGUGGAAAACGCGCACAAGAUUAUUCACUUUACACUGGAGCUUUAGGGACUGCUUUGCUGCUAUUCAAAGCUUAUCAAGUGACAAAUAAUAAGGGUGAUCUUGCUCUGUCUUCUGACAUUAUUAAGGCUUGUGAUUCUGCUUCUCGUGGUUCCAAAAAUGUAACUUUCAUAUGUGGACGGUCUGGCAUCUGUGCUCUUGGUGCUGUUGUUGCAAAACAAGCUGGUGAUGAGCAAUUAUUGGAUCACUACCUGACACAGUUCAAACAGAUAAAGCUUCCUACUGACCUUCCAUAUGAGUUGCUUUAUGGAAGAGCUGGUUUUCUGUGGUCGUGCUCAUUCCUAAACAAGCAUAUUGGAGAAGGCACCAUAUCUGAGUCCACCAUGAGAGAAAUUGUCACAGACAUCAUGAAAGCUGGCAGAAAAUUAGGAAAGGGGAGAUGUCCUUUAAUGUAUGAGUGGCACGGAAAAAAGUAUUGGGGUGCUGCCCAUGGCUUGGCUGGAAUCAUGCACGUCUUGAUGGAUAUGCCACUGACACCAGAUGAGCAAGAAGAUGUUAAAGCUGUGCUGCGCUAUAUGAUUAGGGGCCGUUUCCCCAGUGGAAAUUAUCCUUCAAGUGAAGGAAGUGAAUCAGAUCGUCUAGUUCAUUGGUGCCAUGGUGCCCCUGGGUUAGCCCUUACCCUAGCAAAAGCAGCUCAGGUUUUUGGAGAUAAGGAUCUGCUGCAGGCUGCUGUAGAUGCAGCAGAAGUAGUCUGGAAUCGAGGUCUACUGAAAAGAGUUGGAAUUUGCCAUGGUAUCAGCGGGAACACCUAUGUGUUCCUUGCACUCUACCGUUUAACUGGAAAUGCUGAGUAUUUGUACAGAGCUAAAGCAUUUGCAUGUUUUCUGCAAGAUAAAGCUGAAAGGCUCAUUGCCGAGGGGUUUAUGCAUGGAGGUGACCGCCCUUAUUCAUUGUUUGAAGGGCUCGGGGGAAUGGCCUAUCUGUUUUUGGAUAUGAAUGAACCAAGUGAAGCAAGGUUCCCUGCCUAUGAGCUGUAGCUUCUUUUUCAAGAAAAGGGUAUGUACAUGUGCUGUACUUUAUGUAGAAACUAUACUCGACUACAAAAAAAGUUUGCAAGGAAGAAGGAAACCUUAAGGUUUAUUAGUGUAGAUUUUGUAUGACACCACAGCAUAGAUAAACAUAUAAAAAGUUAUAAACUAUGAUGGUAUGUAGUCUGGCUUAACCACUUACCUCGAAUUUAUCUAAUAAUGGUGGAUGUAAAUUGGUCCUUUACUUUCUGUAAGUAUUCAUAAAGUUAAUAUGCUGUUUAUAUCUAAUCUUGAGUUCCAAUACAUAUAUGUUUCCGUUA